AUGAAAUUCAGUCUCUUUCUAACUUCCCUGGCUGCAGCCUUUGCAGCUACCGAUGCAUCUUCCGGUACUUUGACCGAGGACUGCAGAGCUGUUGUCUCCGACUUUGAUUCCGAAGAUGGCGGCGAGGUGAUGGUCUUGCAUUGUAUGAUUGAUAAUCGCUACUUUGUAGUCCCUUCUGUGGAAACCGAAUGGAUCAUGGGGAAGCAAAAGUCGCUGGAACUAGUCAGUGGCGAAACCUUCCUUUCCUUCCCAGAAGGAACCACUUACGCCGACUCUUUGAUCAACACAACUGAAGAGCCAGCACUUGUCAUUGGGGGUGAACGAAGAAGGCUCAACUCUGUUAUCGGUACUACCGGUGAGAAGAAAGUCCUCGUUGUCGUAAUCGAUGGUGAAGAUUGCGUUGGGUGCAGUUCCACAAGACGUACUACUACAACUGAGGCAUUGAUUCAAGAAACCCUCUUUGAUGAAUCCAAAGUGAAUAUCGCCACCCAGUUUGAAGCUUGUUCUCAUGGCGCUCUCGAUCUUGUGCCAGCCACCUACACUGCUUCGGGUGCACCCUACUCUGACAUUACUGCCGGUACCACAGGAGUCACCACAACUACAAGCAGCCGUGGGGGUUUCUUCGUCAUGACCAACACUGCUGUAGACUAUCCUCGUAUGGUCACUUACAUGAAUGAUGUUCUUGAUCAAGUCGAAGCAAAGCAUGGAACUGAAUACGAGAAUAUUGCUGACUUUCUCAUGAUUUGUGCCCCUGGAAACACUAUGAAGGAUACCAAUGCAAUUGCUUGGGUCAAUGACCGUGUUUCGAUUUACAAUAACAACAACGAAUACUGCUUGCAAGUUUCAGUUACCAUGCACGAGUUGUCACACAACUUGAACUUGAGACACAGUACUGAAGGUGGUGUCGAGUACGAGGAUCAAGUUGGAUACAUGGGAUACUCUACUCCUCAACGCCAUUUCCCGCAAAUGUGUUUCAACGGUGCAAAAACCCAUCAAAUGGGAUGGUUUGAAGACAAGACAGUCACUCUCCAACCAAAUGCUUGCAAUGACGAAACUGUUGCUAUCUCAGGAUUCGUCAACUAUGAUCAAGAAGAUGUGGACAAUGUCCUAUUGGAGAUUGAUGACUCAACAUCCGGUGUUUCUUACUUUAUUGCUUACAAUGAUGCCAGCAGUUUCAACCACGAAACCCAAGAAGGUGCUAACCAGGUCACCAUUAACACUCAAGACAAUGAGGGGCUUGCUGAUGAUGAGUCUGAUCUCGUUGCCAAGCUAAGUGAUGGGCAAAGUUACACCAUUACCGGCUUUGGCGGUGUGUCUGCAGGUGAAGUUGUUAUCGAGGUUGUUUCCAUCGUGAAUGACGUUGCUACCAUCAAGAUUUCCGCCCCUGGAUCAACCUGUGUUCCAGAAGUUGGAGGAGACCCACAUAUCACCACCUGGGCUCAUGAGCACUACGAGUUCCACGGGCAAUGCGAUCUUGUCAUGGCCAAGGAUGAGAAGUUCGCCGAUGGCUUGGGCCUCGAUGUCCACAUCCGCACCAAGCUUGUCCGUUACUGGUCCUACAUCAAGAAUGUUGCCAUCCGUAUCGGAAAUGACAUUUUGGAGAUUGAGGGAUCUUCCAACCCCGAACAGAACGAGGCUACCUACUGGCUCAACUACGAGUACCAAGGAGAGCUCAUUGAGCUUGCUGGGUUCCCUGUUAAUUUCGAAUCUUCCAGUUUGGCAAAGAGCCACUACGAGAUCGACUUGAACUCCAAGUAUCCAGGUGUCAAAAUCAUCAUUAAGCUUUACAAGGAAUUCAUUCGUGUCAAGCUUGAUGGAGGAGAGGAAGCCUUUGGAAAUACUGUCGGAAUGCUGGGUGACUUCCACACUGGAAAGACACUAGGCCGUGAUGGAGCGACUGUUAUGAAUGAUUUCACUGAAUUUGGUCAAGAAUGGCAAGUUAUCCCAAGUGAGCCCAAGUUGUUCCAUGCUUCGGAAGAUCCCCAAUUCCCCAAGAAGUGCAUCGAACCAGAGGAUCCUCGUGGCGACCGCCGCCGCCGCUUGGCUGAGAGUCAUAUUAGCGUCCAACAGGCCGAAAAGGCGUGUGCCACUUUGAGGGACCCUUUGUCCAUGAAGGAUUGUGUCUACGACAUCUUGGCAACUCAAGAUCUUGAUAUGAUUGGUGCUUUCUAA